UGGCUGCGUAAAGGCGUGUUUGGCGAAGCAAGGACACACAGGACUGGCGGACACUUGUUGUCUUAUCCCAUAGGCAAGCGCUCACAUACCAGUAAUAGCUCAACUGCAACUAAAUUUUUAUUGUAGAUCAUAAAUCAUGCAUCUCACCUGGACAGUAGAUGGCUAAGGAUUAAAUCCGUCAAGUUGGGAGUCUUUGACAGCCAUUUCAAACCUGGAACUGGCGAGGACUACACAAAAAGCUUCCAUCCACCCCGUUUCUUUGCGGGGAUUAUGAGACAUUUUUCAUCUAAAUGGGAAUCUAUGAACAUCCUAGCAGUCGGCAACCCAAUGACAGCAGACAUUGUACAGUUCUUUGAGGUCCAGAAUCUUGGAGAAAAGGGCUCAUCUGCAUGAGUUGCUUGGUGAGGGCAAUGGUCAGCUAUUGACUGGGGUUGCGCCGGCCCCUGUAGUUGAUGGCUGUAAGCAGAGGAAGCGUUGCCUUCUGGGUGGGUUUCGUCCGCAUCCACGGCAGAAGGCAACCGAUUGUAAGUCAGCUAGCGGACUCACAGUGGCUCUGUCCAGCACGUCCUCUCAGCAGUGCAUCAUGGGCCCUGGCGCCCCCCAACAGCCUGCGAUAUCAGAGCGCCAAGAAGCCGGUCCUCUCGCACCCUUUUCAUCAUGCCAGCCAGCCGCAGAAGGCUGCUUACAACGAGGAUAACUGGGAGGAGUCGCUCCGCGUGUGUGUGCUGGUGCGACUGGGUGAGUCGGGCACCAUGCGCACCACCAUGGAGAUCCCUUUGUUCGGUCAGACAAAACUAGCAGAGUUGCUUACGCCUGGGACUUACAAGUCUUCUGAGUUGUCCUUCCUGUUGACCACGGUGGACGGAAGCAGAGAGGACGACAUCAACGUUGUCAAGAGAAGUGGCGGCGACACAGAAAAGAGACAACACAGUUUUAGGAGCCUGUUCGAAGCCGAGAAGUGUCCCGCACCUUACAUGUAUGGCUCUCACUUUUAUUGUUUCCAUUGCCCGGGAACUAGACAAUCGAUUGCACACGACAGGCUGAACUUUAGGCAGAAUGUUGGACUUGAGAGCGACAAGAUGAAGGAGUUGCACGGCACUCUGUGUAGCCAGGCAGCACCAGCAGAGGGACAGCACCACGAAGGAGACAGUGAAAGAGAGCAGAGACUGGCCAUGGUGUACGAAAGACUGAGAAGCGAGCUGCCAAAUUUCUUCCAUAAGACUCAUGACUACAGCAUGUACUCCAAUGAUGUUGAAUUCAUCAACGGUCUUCUCAAUACCAAGACCAGAGGACGCAUUGCAUACCACCUCAACAUCGCCAUGUGCCGCUUUCUGUGUCUGAUGUACUUUGUGGACGUGCGGCUGGAGGUGCUCAAGCUGACCAAGCAUCCGGAGGACGGGACAAUCAAGGCUCGCUGGCGGCUCAAGGCCCUUCCCUUUUUCUCGCUGAUGCUACGCAUCUACCGCAGAGAUAAAUCCCAGUUGUACAGGUUUUAUGAUGCAUUCUCUACGUUUUACGUAGGACACGAUGGACUCAUUCACUGUCAUAAAGUUGAAAAGGUGAUGCAGGCUCCACCCCCUGUCCUGCCCAGCGUCACAUCCCUUCUUGCCAGUGCUUUAAUAGCUUUGGGGGUGCAGGAGAACCGGCCUGCUCUCAAUUUGCUGCCCCUCCUGCUGUCCUCGCUAAAACAGGUCCGAGAUUAACCACAGUCGGGAGCGGGAGCAUCUGUCACCUAUAGAAACAUUUAUAAACCUUAAGCGCUGUUUUACGUUGUGGCCAGUAUGUGCUAACAAACGCAAAUGUUCACCCGUGGACUUCAUCUUCUCACUUCAUUUCUUUAGGCAAAACAAGAACUAUAGGUCCUCCUCGAAUUCCCCCUACACCCGUUGUUGCUGUAAUGUUUGUUAACCUCAGUUUGCAUUAUUCAAAUCAAUGUCCUUGUUGAAAUUGUGACCUGACUGUAAACCUGAAUGAAGAAAACACAAACCCUUCAAUGGUGAAAACAUCAUGCUUAACUCUUCCCAUAAAUCCAACUAUUUCAACUUGUAUUUAUUUUUUUGUGCGUAUGCGCACCCAUUUAUGUUUUUCUCAAGAUUAGCUUUCUGGGGUCCUUACGCAGUAAUGCAUCAAUUCUCACAACACCUUGACAAAUAAAAGCUAAUACAAUGGGGAAAAAACAGAGGACAAAAUCAUACAAAGUACAAAGAAAUGGUGUUUCAAACCCCCCAAAAAAGGAAAGAAGUAAAAUAAAAACAUUAAAUUAAUAAGAACUACUAUUAGAAUAAAGACAAAAUUACAAUUCAGUUACAAAUUUCCAUUAACGUGAAAAUACUAAAUAUGUCAACACAACAAAAAUGACUAAAGUGUCCAAAGUAUCGAUAUUUUGAGUUGACAAUCGAUAUUCCGACAUAAAUCUAGUAUUAGCAGUAUCGAUCCGCACAUCACUAGUGUAAUUGUGUAUGGGGCAGUGGCGUUGGGUCAUACUUGCCAACCCUCCCGAAUUUUCCGGGAGACUCCCGAAUUUCAGUGCCUCUCCCGAAAAUCUCCCGGGACAACCAUUCUACCGAAUUUCUCCCGAUUUCCAGCCGGACUUAAGGCACGCCCCCUCCAGGUCCGUGCGGACCUGAGUGAGGACAGCCUGUUGUCACGUCCGCUCUUUA